GUCGGGCAGGAGGUGAUAUUUGACGGCGGCGCGGGCCAGCCGUGCGGAGCCAAGGGCACCAGGCAGCGGGUGAGAGAUGGCCUCCCCGGACCUGCCGCCCCCCACCAGCUACGCCCCGCCCCAGGUGCCCCUGGGGGUCCUGCUGUUCUUCACCAUCCCCUACGCCUUCUUCUUGCCGGAGCUGAUAUUUGGCUGCUGGGUCUGGAUCCUGGUAGCUGUCACCCACGUAGCAAAUCCGUUGCUACAAGGAUGGGUGAUGUAUGUCUCGAUCACCUCCUUUCUCAUCUCCCUGAUGUUCCUGUUGUCUUACCUGUUUGGAUUUUACAAAAGAUAUGAGUCCUGGCAAGUCCUGGACAGCCUGUACCACGGCACCACCGGCAUCCUGUACAUGAGCGCCGCGGUCCUGCAGGCACACGCCACCAUCAUGUCUGAGAUCAACGACCUGAAGAACUACUUCAUCAACACCGCAGCCUCGUUCUUCGCCUUCAUCACCGCCCUGCUCUACAUCCUCCACGCCUUCAGCAUCUACUACCACUGAAGCGGCAGGAGCCGGGCGCGGGGUGGGGAACCCCAGCAGCACCUAAUAUGGGCUCCUGAAGCUCGUGCUCAACAUUGGCCGCGUGGGUGACAAACAGAACAUCAGCAAGACCCUCAGGGGAUUGAGGACAGACCAGCUUCUCACACUGAGGGACGAAGUCGCACUCUGGCAUCUCCGUUUGGACAUUUUAAUUCAUUAUGGAGAAUAUGAAAAAGAUUGGGGGGCGGGGGUGUUGUUUGCUUGUUUGGUUGGUUUGCGUUUUGCCUGGGCGAGUAACUGUCCCUUCUCACAGGGAACCUCACUCUCUUGGAAAACUGGUAUCCAACAUCCUCACUGGGGAGAAUCCCACGUCUGCCAUUUGUCACACCUGUUUGGGGAUUCUACCUCAGCAGUGAGGUUCCCCCAGAGCAGGUUUAAGGGAACACUUAGUCUUGUUUUGUUAAAAUCAAAAUGGUGCUGCCGAUGCCUUCAGAAGAAGACCCACAGACCUUGUUCCUGACGCAUGGUUCUGACCUUGUUUUGGAACGGUGGUCCAAAUCCGCUCUCCCAUGCCCCACGGGGAGCUGAUGGGGGACGAGCCACACAGCCCACUCCCCCGCAUUCCACUCCUCCUUCCCUUUUCUCCCCAGUUUUGGUAUCCAAGGAAAAUCUUCAUAAAAGCAACUUUGAGGAUAGAUUUGUGAGGAAAAUAAGUGACUGACUACAAAAUUGUUAUGUAGUAAGACCUGGGGGAGGGGCAGGAUGGGGGGGGAGGGGAGGCCUGCUUCUCCACAAGUCAAGCCUGUCAGAAAACUGCAAGGCUGCAGGACACCUGUGCCAGGCCUCCAGAAACCUGCCUCCUGAGGACGUGAAGCCACCUUUUCCCUCAGAAAAGACCAUCAAGGAAAUGAGGCAGGACGUUCCAGGCAAGGAUUCUUCUGUGGGCUUCUGUCCACACCGUGGGAUAUGUCAGGAGGCCAGAAAGGACUCCUGUCCCAGGGUCCGUGCUCUUCCAUGUGCCCCCAUGGCCUCCUGCGUCCCCCCAAGUGGCACCAGCUGCGUGAGGCCUCAUUCGGGGAAGGGCUUGCAAACCCCAAUAUGCAAAGGCCUCCAUGAUUUGGGGUCAUUUUCAAACAAAAGGGGGGGUGUUAUGCAUACAGAAACGUAAAAUCGAGGUGCUUGAUGUCAAAGUAAAUGGUUUUCAGAAGGAAGCUGCGCCCUCUGGCCUGUCUUCCUCCAUGCAAGGCUUCCAGCCCCCGUCCUCCGUCUGAGCACCAGGCCUCCUGACCCCGGCGAGUGAGAUGCAGCCCCACAACCACACGUGUCUGCUCUAGUUUUGAAAUGAAAUAAAUGAUUACGGGAAAGGGACUAGUUUCAGCCGAUUCUGAGGCUUACAGUUUUGUACCAAUUUUUUUGCUGCUCCUGGUGGGGGGUGGGGGGCGGGUACAGGGAGCCACCAAAGAGAAAAUUCUGGCUUCUUCUUGUUGACCACUCAACUCUCCAACCAUCAUGUUAUCUUGAAAAGCCAACAUUUACCCCUCAUUUUAUUGCCCGGGAUGAUUACUGUUCAAUAUUUACCAAGGAGCCAUAUCCAAAUAAAAGUUGUUUGUACAGUAA